UGUAAAAGGAAUCUUCAUUGCUGUUCCCAUAACAAUUUUUCAACUAGUCAGGGUUGUUGGCUGAAACACUGAACCUAGAGGACCGGUGGACCAUCAGUAGUCUAUCCUCUAUCCUUUGAUCUGUUUGACAUAUGUUAUAAUUAACGUAGCUCUCCGGGUCAUUGAGACAUGCAAGCCUCCUAAGACAAGGUGGUUGUCCUCUUGAAGGAUCACUGGGUACAGGAAGUUAGUACUGAUCAGGAUAUUGAACCAAUGGGAAUAACUUCAGUCACCCCUUCACUGAACAGUUCCCCCAAACUAUGGACUCACUUUCAAGGGCUCAAUAAUUUAAUAUUUAUUUGUUCUCUUGUACAGUGGUACACUCCUGUUGGGUGCGGUCUUCCAUUUAUUCUAUUGUGUUUCUUGGAUUUGCAAGAAAAUGAAUCUCAGGGUUGUGUAUGAACUUUGAAUCUACCAUUCUUUUCCUUCAGAUUUAAUCCUUCAGAAUUAAUUUAUUAUUGAAGUAUGUAUUUGUUACCAUAUACUACCUUGAGAUUCAUUUUUUGCAGACAUUUACAGGAAAAGCUACUAUCAAAUUUAUGAAAAACCUUACAUAAAAACUGACAAUGUGCAAAAGACAAACUACAAAGAGACAAACCUGUAGGUUUUAGAAUCAGUUCAAGAGUAAUGAUACUUGAAGUUAUCCAUGUGUUUCAAGAGCUUGAUGGUUGCUAAGACUACCCAUUAGACCAUAUGAUGUACGAGCAGAAUUAAGCUAUUUGACCCAUCAAGUCUGCUCCACCAUUUCAUCAUUUUUCCUCUCAACCCCAGUCUCCUGCCUUUUCCCCUUAUCCCUUCAUUCCCUGAGCAAUCAAGAAUCUUAUCAACCUCAUGCUUAAAUAUACAGAAAGACUUUGCCUCCUACAGUUGCCUGUGUUAAAGAAUUCCACAGAUUCACCACUUUGGCUCAAGAAAUUCCUCUUCAUCUCUGUUCUAAAAUGUCACCCAUCUAUGUCCACUGGUCUUAGACUCUCCCAUCAUAGGAGACAUCCUCUGCAUAUCCACUCUAUCAAGGCCUUUCACCAUUCAAUGGGUUUCAAUGUCAUCCUCUUAAGAAUUCCAAUGAAUACAGGCUCUGAGCCAUCAAAUGCACUUCAUACGACAAGCUGUUUAAUCCUGGAAUCAUUUUCAUAAACCUCUGAAACCUUUCCAGUUUCAGCACGUCCUUUCUAAGAUAAGGGGCCCAAAACUGUUCACAAUACUCCAAAUGAGGCCUCACCAGUGCUUUAUAAAGUCUCAAAAUUGCAUUUUAUAUUCUAGUCCUCUUGUAAUUGCUAACAUGGCAUUGGCCUUCCACAUAACGAACUCAACUUGCAAAUUAACCUUUAGGAAAUCCUGCACAAGGCUGGCAAGUCCCUUUGUGCCUCAGUUUUUUGUAUUUUAUAUCCAUUUAGAAAAUAGUCAACCCUUUAAUUUCUUUACCAAAGUGCGUGACCAUAUACUUCCAAAUACUGUAUUCCAUCAGCCAUUUUUUUGCCCAUUCUAAUCCAAGUCCUCCUGUAGUGCCUGUACUUACUCAAAACUACAUGCCCCUCCACCUAUCUUAAUAUUGUUUGCAAAUUUUGCAGCAAAGCCAUCAAUCCAAAUCACUGACAUAAGAAAUAUAAGUCCCAUCACAGAUCCUGUGAAACACCACUAGACACUGGCAGCCAACUAGAAAAGGCUUCUUUUAUUCCCAUUCUUUGCUUCCUGCUGGUUGCCACUACUUUAUCCAUGCUCAAAUCUUUCCUGUAGUACCAUGGGCUCAUAGCUUGUUAGGUAGCCUCACGUUUGGCACUUUGUCAACGAUCUUCUGAAAAUCCAAGUACACAACAUCAACCAAUUCUUCUGAGGUCAGACUAACUGGUUUAUAAGAUUAACUUUCUUCUGCCUCUCUCCCUUCUUGAAGAGUGGUGUGAUAUUUGCAAUUUUCCAGGCUUCUGGAACCAUUCCAAAAUCUAGUGAUUCUUGAAAGAAUAUUUCUAAUUCCUCCACAAUCUCUUCAGCCACUUCUUUCAGAGCUAUGGGGUGUACGCUAUCUGGUCCAGGUGACUUUUCUACUUUCAGACCUUUCAGUUUCCAAAGAACCUUCUCUCUAGUAAUGGCAACUUUACACACUUAAUGAUCCUUGACACCUGGAACUUACACCAUCCUGCUAGCGUCUUCCACAGUGAAGAUGAAUGCAAAAUACUCACUAAGUUUGUCUGCCAUUUUCUUAUCCCCCAUUACUAGCUCACCAGCAUUGUUUUCCAGCGGUCCGAUACCCACUCUCACCUCUCUUUUACGCUUCAUGUAUCUGAAGAAACUUUUGGUAUCCUCUUAAAUAUUACUGGCUAGAUUACUUUUGUAUUCCAUCUUUAUCAUAAUGACUUUUUUAGUUGCCCUCUUUUGGAGGUUUUAAAAGGUUCCCUAACCUCUCACUAACAUUUGCUCAACUAUCUGCCCUUUCUGGCUUUUUUGCUGGCUUUGACUUCCCUGAUAGCCACGGUUGUGUCAUCUUUCCUUUAGAAUACUUCUUCCUCUUUGGGAUGUCUAUAUCCUGUGCCUUCCGAAUUGCUUCCAGAAAUUCUAGCCAUUGCUGCUCUGCCAUCGUCUCUGCCAGUUUUUUUUUCCCUCAAUCAAUUCUGACCAGCUCCUCUCUCACGCCUCUGUAAUUACCUUUAACCUUCACCCUUUUCGAUCUUGUUCGCCUUUUAUGUUGCAACUCAUACUGUUGACUGCAAUUUUGCCCAUUCAACACCCUCUCCUCACUACACACUGCCUCUGUUUGUAAACCAGCUACCUCAUCAUCAGCACUGUUAUCUGCCUUUCCUGCAAUACUUGCACUGAAAUACACACAGCUCGGGACACUGGCCAUACCAUGCUCAAUCUCUUGAUUUGUAACUUUGCCUUACCAACAUCUGCUUCCACAAUCUCUCCACUAACUGUUCUGGCACUCUGGUUCCCAUCCCCCUGCAAAUCUAGUUUAAUCCCCAUUGUGCAGCAUUAACAAACCUUCCUACCAGGAUGUUAGACCCCCUCCAGUUCAGGUGCAAACUGUCCCGUCUGUACAGGUAGCACCUUUCCUGGAAAAGAGCCCAAGAUCAAAAAAUAUUAAGCCCUCCCUCCUACACCAACUUCUUAGCCAUGUAUUAAACUGUAUAAUCUUCCUAGUUCUGGCUUCACAAGCACGUGGCACGGGUAGCAAUCCUGAGAUCACAACCGUGGAGGUCCUGCACCUUAAUCUGAGGUCCCUGCUGGCCAAGAGUUGCGUCCGGGGCAGUAUGAUAUGGAGAGCAAGCUGUUGACACCUGCCCUUUAACUUAUCCCUGAACUCCCUGUGCAGAACCUCGUCCCUCAUCCUACCCACACCAAUGGUUCCUACAUGGACCGUGACUUCUGGCUGUUCACCAUCCCGCUCAAGAAUGCUGAAGACGCGAUUGGAGAUAUCUUCUGGGACCCUGGCAGUUGGGAGGCAACAUACUAUCUGGGAAUCUCAUUUUCAUCCACAGAACCUCUUGUCUGUUACCCUAAACUGAUGAGCUCCCUUUCUCCUCAGCGUGCGUCUUCUCUUUGCCUUUUGAGUCGCAGAGACGGAUUUCCCCUGCCAGCCCUCCCAAACGGCUCUAGGGGACCAAUAUCCUUCCAAGCAAGUUCGUUCGUUCUUUUGGAGGAGGUUUUAAACUAGGUUGGCAGUGGGAUGGGAUCCGGAGUGAUGGGACAGUUGGUAUACAAGUCAGUGCUGUGUGUGGUGAGACUGAGGGUGUUCAACCGGAUGACAGCAAAAUUGGAGUCAGUGCGAUGAGCUAAAGUGUAACUUGGAGGCAAAAUCAAAAAGGCUGUUAGAAUACAGGACAGAAGGUGUUAUAUUUUGCUCGUUCAAGGUACACGGAAUAAGGUAGAUGACCUUGUAGCGCAGUUAGAGGUUAGCAAGUACGAUAUUGUGGGCAUUACAUUGAGCCAUGGCUGAAAAGAUCAUAACUGGCAGCUUAACCUCAAGGAUGCACCUUGUAUUGAAAGGACAGAGGUGUGGGGUGGCUCUGUUGGUAAAAAAUGAAAUCAAAUUCUUAGAGAGUGCUGACAUAGGAUUGGAUGAUGUGGAAUCCUGGGUAGAGUUAAGAAGCUGCAAGGGUAAAAUGGCAGGAUACUUGGUAGUGUGGAGGAGCAGAAGGAUCUGGGGGUACAUGUCCACAGAUCCUGUAAGUUGCCUCACAGGUAACUUUCUAAGAAAGCUUAUGGAGUGUUAGCUUUCAUAAGUCAAGGGAUAGAGUUUAAGAGUCGCAGCUCUAUAAAACCCUGGUUAUGCCACACUUGGAGCACUGUGUCCAGUUCUGGUUGCCUCACUAUAGGAAGGAUGUGGAAGCAUUGGAAAGGGUACAGAGGAGAUUUACCAGGAUGCUGCCUGGUUUAGAGAGUAUGCAUUAUGAUCAGAGAUUAAGGGAGCUAGGGCUUUACUCUCUGGAGAAAAGGAGGUUGAGAGGAGACAUGGUAGAGGUAUACAAGAUAUUAAGAGGAAUAGAUAAAGUGGACAGCCAACGCCUCUUCCCCAGGGCACCACUGUUCAAUACAAGAAGACAUGGCUUUAAGGUAAGGGGUGGGAAGUUCAAGGGGGAUAUUAGGGGAAUAUUUUUUAUUCAGAGAGUGGUUGGUGUGUGGAAUGCAUUGCCUGAGUCAGUGGUGGAGGCAGAUAAACUAGUGAAGUUUAAGAGACUACUAGACAGGUAUAUGGAGGCAUUUAAGGUGGGGGGUUAUAUGAGAGGCAGGGUUUAAGGGUUGGCACAACAUUGUGGGCCAAAGGGCCUGUACUGUUCUAUGUUCUAAAAUACCCUGAUGGGAGUUGUAUACAGGCCUCCAAAUAGUACCUAGGAUAUGGGAUACAAAUCUGACAAGAUGUCGCACAUGAGGUUGCUUAACAAGAGCCCAAUGAAUUACAGGAAAGGUACUAGCAUGGAUAGAGGACUGGCUAACUUGCAGGACUGGUCCCCUUUAUUCUGACUGUGCCUCUUGAUUAGCUUCCAUGUACCACAGGGGUCUGUGUUGGGACUGCUGCUUAUGUUAUAUGUCAAUAAUCUGGGUGCCAGCUUUGAUGGCUUUGUGACCAAGUUUGCAGAUAAUGCGAAGAUGGGUGGAGGGGCAGGCAGUGUUGAGGAAGCAAGGUAGCUGCAGAAGGACUGAGACAGAUCGGGAGAAUGGGCAAAGAAGUGGAAGAUGGACCAUAAUGUCGGGACGUGUAUGGUCAUGCGCCUUGGCAGAAGGAAUGAAGAUGUCAACUGUUUCCUAAAUGGGGAGAAAAUUCAGAAAGCUGAGGAGUCCUUGUGCAGGGUUCUCUAAAGGUUAACUUGCAGGUUGAGUGGGUGGUGAGGAAAGAAAAUUAAUGCUAACAUUUUAUUUAGAGAGGAUUAAAUUAUAAAAGCAAUGCUGAGACUUUAUAAGGUAUUACUCAGACUGCACUUGGACUAUUGCGAGCAGUUUUGGACCCCUGUGCUGUCUUUACGACAGUUAUUUAGUUUAUAAUAUUUCCGCUUAGUAAUUCAUUCAAUAGUAUUUUCUAGUUAGAAUUAGAAGUGUUUAAAGUAUAUUCAUUGCAUGUAAAAUAUAUCGGCAUGCGAUGACGUCACAUCCGGUUUCGCCGCGUCUUGUGGGAAAACACCGGUUUGAAAUUAGCGCGAGGGUGGGGGCUCACCACGAGGCUCACCUGAGCAGAAGUUGUUUUGCAGGCAUGAGAAAUCACAGUGAGAGCAACGCUGUAAGUUAAUAGAUAAUCGAUAUAUUGAACUAAGAUGUUAAUGCCGAUCCUGUUAGAAGUAACGACGGUAGAUAAUGUUUAUGCUUUCGUUAGUUAAAGAGUCGCGGAUAGUUUGCAUGGAAGUGUAUUUAAAGUAGUCAAUGGAGCAGGUAAACUCUGCCUGUAUACUGCACCUUAGUGUAAUGUAGCUAUAGUCACCUUUGCAAGUAUUUACAAUUGAAAUGUGAUAUUAAGGAAGGAACAAAUACUGUAUCAAUCUUGUAUUGUUUUAUCAACAGUUUUCACCAUAUGUUAAUGUGAAGAGUGAACAGUAAAUGGUUAAUCUUACUGCGAUCUGGUUCUUAUUAACUGUGGUUUAUCUCGACGUUUAAUUCGGCGUUUCGUUACAUGCGAAGGAGAACGUUACAGUGAAAAAGUGACAUUAUCAGGUGUUUCAAGUGCUGCAAUGUCAGCUCGAUCCGGGAUCAAGUCGACGCCGCCCAGCGACAAGGGCGGUAAACCGACAUCAAGUAAGUCCACCCAGGCAAGAGCCAAGGCAGAAGCCGCCAAGGUGCGACUGCGUUACGCCAGACAAGAAGCAGUUUUGAAAAUGCUGCAGGCCAUCAGAGAAGCCGAAAUCCAGAAAGAACAGGCCAUCAGAGAAGCCGAAAUCCAGAAAGAACAGGCCAUCAGAGAAGCCGAAAUCCAGAAAGAACAGGCCAUCAGAGAAGCCGAAAGGGCCGCCAGAGAAGCCGAAAGGGCCGCCAGAAAGGCAGAAGCCGCCAAGGUGCAACUGCGUUACGCCAGACAAGAAGCAGUUUUGAAAAUGAAACAGGCUGCCGGAGAAGCCGAAAGGGCCGCCAGAGAAGCCGAAAUCCAGAAAGAAAAGGCUGCCAGAGAAGCCGAAAGGGCCGCCAGAAAGGCAGAAGCCGCCAAGGUGCGACUGCGUUACGCCAGACAAGAAGCAGUUUUGAAAAUGAAACUGGCCACCAGAGAAGCCGAAAUCCAGAAAGAAAAGGCUGCCAGAGAAGCCGAAACCCAGUUGGAAAUGGCAAAAAUAUCGACAGAGUUGCAAGUGCUGCAGCUAGAAAGAGAAGAAGAAGCUGCCAGAGAAGCCGAAAUCCAGAAAGAAAAGGCUGCCAGACAAAGGAAAGCGGCCGCCCGAGAAGCCGAAACCCAGUUGGAAAUGGCAAAAAUAUCGACAGAGUUGCAAGUGCUGCAGCUAGAAAGAGAAGAAGAAGCUGCCAUGGCGGAAGCAGAGUACAUAGAAGAAGCUGAAGGGUCGCGUGAUCUGACCGAAGCAAGAUCUACUUUAGAAAGGACCAGACUGGAUCGCACAAGCGACUAUGUACAAUCUCAAAUAGACAGGCAGGCUCGUCUCCCCUCUCCAUACGUAUUCGAUAACUUCCCCAGCUACGAGGAACCUCAGAGAGUCAUGAUUGCAUCACAUCCAUACGAGGAAGAAAAUUUACCCUCGUGGCUCCGUGAUGAAGUCAAGAAUGAAAGAGCUGACAACCGAUAUUCCUUGACACCAAACUUACAAAGUUCAAUGCGAAGAGACGCGGAGGUCGAAUCCAGGAUGGCAAAUUCCAUGAGAAACGUGCGCUCUCAGUCAUAUAGGCGCCAACGUACUUCUCCAGCCCGCAUGCCGCUUACAGCUGAUCCCACGCUGCAGUAUUUAGCACGACGGGAUCUCGUCACUUCGGGACUGUACCAGUUUGACGAUAAACCCGAAAAUUACCGUGCUUGGCUCUCCACAUUCACCAACGUGAUUGACGGGGUCCAGCUCAGUGCAACCCAAAGGUUGGACCUUAUGGCGAAAUGGCUGGGGAAAGAAUCACGCGACCAGGUGAGACGCAUACGUUCAGUGUACAUCAACAAACCCGAGCUAGCCUUAAGCGAAGCGUGGGACAGACUUUGGGAGAGAUAUGGGGCCCCCGAAAUUAUUGAAGCGGCGCUAUAUCGACGACUGGAAAACUUUCCUAAGGUGUCAGCCAAAGAUCACUUUAAGUUAAGAGAAUUCGGAGAUUUACUCAUGGAGAUCCAAGGCGCCAAAGAAGAUGGCUACUCAGCUGGUCUAGUAUACUUAGAUACUCCAUCCGGGAUUAGACAAAUCGUGGACAAACUUCCAUUUGGGCUGCAGGACAGGUGGCUGACUGUUGCCUCGGAGUACAAGGAAGGCCACGGUGGUCGAUUUCCUCCCUUUAAGCACCUCACUGAGUUUGUGCGCAAGGAGGCGAAGAGGCGAAACGACCCUAGCCUUGUGGGUCCAGGAAGCAGUUCGAUUUACACCAAGCUAGGUAGAUCCUCUUCGAAUGUUUUCAACAUUGAUAAACCCGUGUCAGUGCUCAAGACUGAAGCCCUUACAACUAACAACGACCCUGGCAAGUACUGUCCAUUGCAUAACAAACCUCACCCCCUGAAAGCAUGCAGAAUGUUUAGGGAAAAACCCCUUGAAGAGAGGACGGCUCUUCUCAAGGAGAAAAGAAUAUGUUUUAGAUGCUGUUCCUCAACCUCUCACCUCGCCAGAGAGUGUACGAUCGCCGUGAAGUGUCUGGAAUGUGAUAGCCCAGAUCACGUCGGGGCCAUGCAUCCCGACCUGUCACCGCAAACCGACAGCGCUCCUUCACCCCCACAACAGGACGGCGGGGAGGGAGAGGCUCACUCUAGGUCAACAGUUGUCAGCACGAACUGUACAGAAGUUUGCGGUCAAGCUUAGUCAAGUCGUUCUUGUUCCAAGAUCUGCCUCACUAAGGUGUACCCUAAAGGAGCCAAAGACAAGGCCAUCAAAGCCUAUGUGAUUCUGGACGAUCAGAGCAAUCGUUCACUAGUCAGUCCAGAGUUCUUUAAAUUGUUCAACAUUGAGAGUGAGCGGUUCCCAUACUACCUCAAAACUUGCUCAGGCAACAUGGAAACCCAAGGAAGGAAGGCAGAAGGCAUCCAGAUCGAGUCCCUGGAUGGUAAAGUCGUCAUCUGUCUCCCUCCGCUCUUAGAGUGCAAUGAAAUCAUGAAUAACCGCGCUGAGAUCCCGACACCAAGUGCGGUGCUACACCAGCCGCAUCUCCACCACAUCGCCAAACACAUCCCAGAACUGGAUCCGAAAGCGGAAAUACUCCUGCUAUUAGGAAGAGAUGUUAUCCAGGUACACAAGGUUAGGCAGCAGAUCAAUGGACCACUCAACGCCCCCUUCGCGCAACGUCUGGAUCUGGGCUGGGUGGUGAUAGGAGAGGUGUGUCUCCGUGACGUACACAAACCGACGGUCGACACACUCAAGACCAACGUGCUAGAGAGUGGCCGCCAUUCGAUUUUUCAACCCUGCACAAGUUCCAUGUAUAUAAAGGAAGCACAACAAGGCGUUAACAAGCGCGAGGCAAGCGACGAGUCGCUGGGCCAGUCAGUCUUCGCUCAAACGAAGUAUGACAAUAAACUUGCUCCAUCAGCUCAAGACGUCUUCUUCUUAAAAAUGAUGGACACCAAAGUCUUCAGGGAUGAAGCAAAUAAUUGGGUCGCCCCACUACCCUUCAGAGAACCACGCCAGCGGUUGCCAAAUAACAAAGAGCAGGCAGUCAAACGGUUCACGUCCUUACGGAAAACCCGGAAAAGGAAACCUGAGAUGCAGCAACGCACCCGAUUGGCCCACGAGGUACUGUGCACCCUAAUGGCAGAGGUCACAGCCAUUAUAAACGCACAAUCAUUCCUACCUGUGUCUUCUGACCCAGAAAACCCCUUUAUACUUUCGCCAUCAACGCUCCUUACACAGAAGGCAGGAGCACCUCCUCCACCAGGAGACUUCUCAGACAAGGAUUUGUACACAAAGCAAUGGAGACAAGUCCAGGCUCUGGCAAAUCAGUUCUGGUCUCGCUGGAGACAAAAAUAUCUACCUUUGUUGCAACAGAGACAAAAGUGGACAGAACCCCACAGGAAUCUUCAAGUUGGAGAUUUAGUCCUGCUCAGGGACAAGCAAAUCGCCCGCAACAGCUGGCCAACGGCCAGAAUCACUGCUACAUUCCCUAGCGGGGAUGGACAUGUCAGGAAGAUCGAAUUGAAGACUACCGACCAAGGCGAUGUGAAAAUUUACCAAGGGCCAGUUACAGAAGUUAUUCUACUUCUACCCAAUGACUGAUUAAGAGACUAAGUUUUGUACUCUGCACAUUGUGACCUUACGAAGGUCAAGCGGGGAGUGUGCUGUCUUUACAACAGUUAUUUAGUUUAUAAUAUUUCCGCUUAGUAAUUCAUUCGAUAGUAUUUUCUAGUUAGAAUUAGAAAUGUUUAAAGUAUAUUCAUUGCAUGUAAAAUAUAUGGGCAUGCGAUGACGUCACAUCCGGUUUCGCCGCGUCUUGUGGGAAAACACCGGUUUGAAAUUAACGCGAGGGUGGGGGCUCACCACGAGGCUCACCUGAGCAGAAGUUGUUUUGCAGGCAUGAGAAAUCACAGUGAGAGCAACGCUGUAAGUUAAUAGAUAAUCGAUAUAUUGAACUAAGAUGUUAAUGCCGAUCCUGUUAGAAGUAACGACGGUAGAUAAUGUUUAUGCUUUCGUUAGUUAAAGAGUCGCGGAUAGUUUGCAUGGAAGUGUAUUUAACGUAGUCAAUGGAGCAGGUAAACUCUCCCUGUAUACUGCACCUUAGUGUAAUGUAGUUAUAGUCACCUUUGCAAGUAUUUACACUUGAAAUGUGAUAUUAAGGAAGGAACAAAUACUGUAUCAAUCUUGUAUUGUUUUAUCAACAGUUUUCACCAUAUGUUAAUGUGAAGAGUGAACAGUAAAUG